CACAUGUGAUCAGGAGCACGCGUUCUAAAAUUUCCAACACGAAAAAAAAAUUUGUCAAAAAAAGAUUUUCAAUCAACAAAUACUUUUAAAAAAUGACCAAACAUCUGGAUGAAUUGGUCAAACGACAGCUUAAAAAACAACGUAAAAUAAAAUUGAAAAAUGAAAGAAAACUUGAAUGUGAACAAUCAAACGAACAGGAACAAUUAUCCGAAGAAAUAACUACAAAUGAAAUUGAAGAAUGUUCAGAUGAUGAACAAUCAAAAACUAAAAGAUUAAAAACUGACGAACAAAAUGAUUGUCCAACAUUGGUGGAUACAUCAAAAACGGCCAUCGUUAAAUCAUUGUUAUCGAAUUUAACAUUCAAAGAUUUGGCCGAUAAAGUUUCGGAAAAAACAUUGAAUGCCAUUGAUGAAAUGGGAUUCACACAUAUGACUGAAAUUCAAUCGAAAUCCGUUCCACAUUUGUUGGAGGGAAAAGAUUUAGUUGGUUCGGCCAAAACAGGCAGCGGUAAAACAUUGGCGUUCCUUAUACCGGCUGUUGAAUUGAUGUAUAAAUUGAAAUUUAUGCCACGUAAUGGUGUUGGUGUCAUAAUCAUUUCACCUACACGUGAAUUAGCCAUGCAAACAUAUAGUGUUUUGGAAUCUUUAAUGCGUUAUCAUAAUCAAACUUAUGGUCUAAUUAUGGGUGGUGUGAAUAGAUCAUCCGAAGCAAAUCGUCUGACAAAAGGUAUAAAUAUCCUAAUAGCAACACCGGGCCGUUUGUUGGAUCAUCUACAAAAUACCAAACAUUUCAUUUUUAAAAAUCUUCAAUGUCUUAUUAUUGAUGAAGCCGAUCGUUUAUUAGAUAUUGGUUUUGAAGAUGAAAUGCGUGCCAUUAUAAAACUAUUACCAGAACGUCGUCAGACAAUGUUAUUCAGUGCUACAUUAUCGAAAAAAACUGAUGAUCUUAUAACAUUGGCAUUGAAAAAAGAACCACUUUAUAUUGGUCUAGAUCCACAGCCACAAGAUACAGCUACUGUGGAUGGUCUUCAACAAGGUUUCGUUAUGAUCAGUAAUGAUAAACGUUUACCAUUAUUGUUUACGUUUUUGAAAAAAAAUCGUAACAAAAAAUGUAUGGUAUUCUUUAGUUCAUGUAUGUCGGUAAAAUUUCAUCAUGAAUUAUUCAAUUAUAUCGAUAUUCCUGUCAUGUCGAUUCAUGGCAAACAAAAACAAAAUAAACGUACGACAACAUUUUUUCAAUUCUGCAAUGUACAAACCGGAACAUUAUUCUGUACGGAUGUUGCUGCACGUGGUUUAGAUAUACCAAAAGUAGAUUGGAUCGUACAAUAUGAUCCACCGGAUGAUCCAAAAGAAUAUAUUCAUCGUGUUGGCCGUACGGCACGUGGUCUUGAAUCACAUGGUAAUGCAUUAUUAUUUCUUAAUCCAGAAGAACGUGGCUUUCUUCAAUAUCUUCGUGAUGCUAAAAUACCAUUAGUUGAAUAUGAAUUUGCAUGGAAUAAAAUUCUAAAUGUACAACCACAGAUUGAAAAAUUAAUUUCCAGAAAUUAUUUCCUAAACAUGUCGGCAAAAGAAGCAUAUAAAUCCUAUGUUCGAGCAUAUGAUUCACAUUCAUUGAAAAAUAUUUAUGAUAUUAAUAAAUUAGAUUUGUUAGCGGUUGCUAAAUCGUUUGGAUUUGAACAUCCACCAUUUGUUGAUCUUCCCGUAUCUAAUCAUCGUGCCGGUAAAUCCGAACGUAAAUCAAGACGACGACCAAUAAAUAAUGGUAAAAUUAAUUAUCAUUCAACACCAUUUUCAGUGAAUAAAAAGAAAGCCGAAAAAGCAAUCAUAUAUAAAGCCGUACCGUUAAGAAAAGAUAAUCGACAAUUUGUUUGAAUUUUUGUUGUAUUUUUAUAAAACACAUUUUAACUAAUAAUAAAAACGACAAUUUUUUUUUUUAA